CAAGCGAAAUCUUCAGCCGGUCUGAAAACGGUGGAAAAUUUAUUGGUGAAAUUGGCGGAUAGUGCUCGAUACGAAUGUUCAGUGCACUACAGAAGAUAGGCUUUCAAAGUGCUUGUAACAUGAACUGAUGGAAAAAUUGAUCGUUUGGGAUUUGGGCGUUUGUGCAAGCAAGAAUUGUAGAAGAAUUGUGAUAGCUUCGUCUAAAAGAAUUCGAAUAUGAUUAGCGAAAUUUUCAUCGUUGGUGUGAUUUUUGUGAACCUUGUGGUUAGUGGCAGAACAAUGAAUUAUACUUGUUCGAUAAACCCCGACGGAUACUGCAUUUUCCAAGGAGUUAGGAUCAACAGUGUAGAAGAAGCAAGUGAUGUGGAAUUGCUGGCACCAAGCUAUGAUAUAACAAGAAUCAAGUUCCGCGAAUCAGCGAUGUUUGUUCUGCCCCAUGGAAUCUAUGAAACUUUCCCAAACAUGCUGGAAUUGAAGGUUUGGUGGCAAAGCUUGCACAGUAUUUACAUCCCACCUAAUCUCCUUCAUCUGGAUGCGGAAAGGAAUCGUAUUCAAAGGAUCAGCUACGAUACUAACACGGUACCAAUGUUGAAAAAAUUGGAACUUGGACAUAAUAGGCUUAAAACUAUAGAAAAUAUCUCCUACUUUGAAAAUCUCGAAUUUCUGGAUCUCUCUCAUAAUGAUCUGCGAUCGCUGGAUCUCUGCUUGUUCCAACGGAUGAAACAUCUCCGUAUUCUAGAUCUGUCGGUCAACAACAUGGCCAUAGUUAAAAACUCCAUGGAACAGAAGCUCGAAUCCCUUACAGUAUUAUAUCUGAAUGACAAUCGGCUCUCAUAUCUGGACAUCAACGUGUUACGCCAGUUUCCAAACCUGGAAACACUGCAUCUGUUCAAAAAUAAUUUAAUGUACAUGGAGUAUGAAAAUAUGCGUACCAUGUUCCCGAAGAUUAAUAUCGUUCACAUUUACGACAACGACUGGAAUUGUGAAAAUUUGGCGGAGAUGAUAAUCUACUUCAAAAAAAUCAACAUACGAGAAUACAAAUUAUUUAGUUCUAUGAAGUGCAAGGAGCGAGUAAUAGAUGGAAUCUGCUGUUCAGAGGGUAAAGCUCUAACAAUUCUCAAAAAAUCAAAUCUAUACUUUUCCAAUUACGUCAACGAACUAAACUUUCAUUCUCAACACAUCAUGGAAGAAAUGAAGCAAUCAAAGCGAGAAAUCCAGAAACUAAUAGAACACGAAAAUAUGACACAAGCCUCGUUGCAGGCGUUCAGUGCGGAUAUGGAUACUAUCCGAAAUCGCAUAGAAAACAUCACGGCAGACACUAGUUCGGCUGUAUCGCGGAACAAAAAGCACGAAAAAGUCGACAAAUUGGCACAGGAGAUCUACAAAAUCAAACAGGACCAUCAAAGUUUAACGCGAGAAAACCAAGCGUUCAAAGAGCAGAUCGAGAGGUACGACAACAUGAAAACAGAAAUGGAUUCGAUCCGGGCGUAUUCAGAAGAGAUGCGGAACACCAUUCAAGAACUGAAAGAAGAAAACAAUAAUCUUAAGAGUGAUCUUUAUCAGUUGUUGAAUGAAAUUCACGAAUUACGGGGCAAUAAGAGUCCUGAAAAGAGGGUAUGAAGCAACCCAAGCAUCUGUUAACAAAGCGGUAGGAGAACUGAUUAAAGUGAUUUUAGCACGCGGGUAGUUGAAUCCUACAUUCAACUUUCGUGCCCUAUCAUGGUAGUUUAGUGAUAAACCAUUACUUUGAAAAUAUUUUGCUGGACAAACUAGAUUUAGAUUUUUAAUAUGCACAGAUUUUUGUUUUAGUUGAUUAGAUCGUUAUGAACAUUCUGAUACUCAGAGAAAGUAUCUCUACCGUCUGCGACGGACAGAGGAUGACAAUUGGUAAGAUAGUGUUCAAUUUGUCGCCGUCGUUAGGAAAAAGCUUCGCUGGACAUUUGAAUGGUGCUGAUAUUAUUUUUGAUAUCUGAUAAUUUGAAGUCUAACCAAGUGAUUGACGGGGAUGAACGUGGAAUAACCCGGCUGCGAUGUGCAAUGAUAACAUCGAUGGCACGGGCUCUCCGAGUGAAAAUUUAGUGAAAGGAGUGAUAGAGACUUGAUGCGUAUGGGUAGAGCGUGACGGUAUCAGCUAGAUGAAAGUCCAAAGAGUACAACUUAGCACCCAGUGUUCGAUUUACAUGAAACUAAUGGUAUACAAAUAAUAAAAUGUAAAUAAAGCUGAA